AUGCAAGGUGUGGUGCUCAAUUCACAAUCUUACUGCAGAACUCCUCAACCUUCCUCCACCACCAAACAGGGUACAGGGUUUUUCGGUAAGCGUGUUCCUUUUAGGAGGACGAACAAUAACUCUCUGCGUCCUUGCGUUUCGUUUCAUUCACCGCACUCUACACGCCCAUUUGCUAUAAAGGCUGUUGCCACUCCAAAUCCAGCUGUGGAAUUGCCAUUAACCGCUGAAAAUGUAGAAACUGUGCUUGAUGAAAUUCGACCGUAUCUCAUUUCUGAUGGUGGAAAUGUUGCUCUACAUGAAAUCGAUGGCAAUGUUGUACGGUUGAAGUUACAAGGUGCUUGUGGAUCAUGUCCAAGUUCUGUUACGACAAUGAAAUUGGGUAUUGAACGUCGAUUAAUGGAAAAGAUCCCUGAAAUAGUUGCAGUUGAACCGAUAUCUGAUGAAGAGACCGGUCUUGAGUUAAAUGAUGAAAAUGUUGAAAAGGUAUUAGAGGAAAUAAGGCCAUACCUGGUUGGGGCAGCUGGUGGAUCUCUUGAACUAGUAGCCAUUGAGGAGCCAAUAGUAAAGGUUCGAAUCACAGGUCCAGCUGCUGGGGUCAUAACUGUGCGUGUUGCUGUAACACAAAAAUUGCGAGAAAAAAUACCUGCUAUAGCAGCAGUUCAGCUGUUAUGA